GGAGAAAGCCAAGUUCCAGAAGAGGAAGUUACGGCCCUGGAUCUCUCCAUAAAGAAUCCAUCCGUUGAAUGCGAUGACUCGGCAUCCCCGAACCCACGCUCUUCAUCACAAGAGCCAGCACCUCUCACAUAUCUUUCCCUUGGCCUCGACCAAAACCUUUCUUGUCACAUGUGUCAAAAGGCAUUUAGAUUCGAAAAAAAUCUUUUACGACACCUACAAAGGGCUCAUGCAACUGGCAGCGAAGAGUCUAUACUCAAAUGUGACAAGCCCUAUUCCUGUUCGGGAUGCGGAUCCUCCUUCACUCAGGGAUCCUCGCUCAAAUUGCACAUUAGAUCCCGUCACGGUGACGACAUGUCCUUUUUUACGCUGAACCGAAAGCCAGGCAAAAGUAACUUAACGAAGCUCUGGACCCGCGUGCUCAAACUGGAUGUAAAUUUUCGCCUCCCUCUGCCCCACCCACCACCCAAUCUUCAACUGCCGCCACCGCCGCCACCCCAGUCGAGCUGCGACGGCGGGGCUGGACAGCCAGCCUCCCCUCAGCGACGACCCCCCGUGGCUUUCUCUGUGGAGGCUCUGGCAUCCACAUCACCGGUACGAAAGUCAACCUAA